AGAAAUAGAAAGGAAAUGACGAGCAGUGAGGAGCUGAUAGUAAACAGAGUUGACGUUUCGCAAUUUGAUCACACUCCAUAUUUCUGUGAGGAGAAUGUGUAUUUACUGUGCAAGAAACUGAGCCAAAAUGGAAUAGCAGAAGAGGCUGAUCUUUUUGUAGCUUUCAUUUCCAAUGAAAAGAAACAGGUUCCUUUGUGGCAUCAAAAGGCCAGUAAGAGAGCAGAUGGGAUUAUUCUAUGGGAUUAUCAUGUCAUUUGCAUUCAGAGAAAAAGAGAUGGCGAGUCUCGUUAUUUAGUGUGGGAUUUAGAUUCGAGUCUUCCCUUUCCUUCUCCGUUGGCUACGUAUGUAUCUGAAACCAUUCAGCCUGAUUUUCAGCUCUUUUCUGACUACAAGAGGUUAUUCCGGAUUGUACAUGCUCCGUUAUUUCUCCAUCACUUUGCUUCUGAUAGAAGACAUAUGAAAGAUUCGGCUGGGAACUGGAUUGCUCAACCUCCUGCUUAUGCACCUAUAGUAGCUAAAGAUGGGAAUGUGCACAACUUGAAUGAGUACAACGAGAUCCAUGCAUCAAAUGAGAUGACAGAUAUUGGAAUGGAUUCAAUCAAUUUAGUUUUUACCGAAAAAUAUGGUGUGGUGAUAAGUGAAAAUCAGCUCGAGGAUUUUUUCUCUAAAUUCCCUUGAUCUGUAGCGACUUUUCCGCAAGAUAGGUUUGCAUAUGUGUGUUUCCUCAAAUACAAGACAGAAAUGGCGCUUCUUCUGUUUUUUUUUUGUGAGAGAAAGGGCUGUUGUCUUCAUGGAGUGUACAGAUUUGGGUAUUCCUGCUUUGUAUUAUGUGUGGCAGAAAUACAAAUUAAAAAUGUGAUAUAAGCAAUUGUCAUAUGCUGAAUUUGGGAGACUUUUUCGAGGAGUUUGAAUUUGGUGAGUGGCCCCCUGUUUGGUUUAUGCUAACUCGUACUUGGGACUAAAUUCUAGAGUUUCUAGUUGUCCUGUAAAAGAAAAUUGAUUAUUUAUACAUGUUGCUGGUAAAGCUGUUUGAAAGUGUUUCA